AUGUCCUAUACAGACUUCGAAGACGUCGACCAUGCAACAGCCAACCUUAUACUGCAGCUCCAGCUUGAUGACCUACAGAGUAUUCGGGAAGGCUGCAAAGGAAAGGGACGCGAGGGUGACUUAUCAGAUAUCGACUUGCCGUUAGAAAUUCAUAACAAGCGACUCACCACAUUUGCACAUGGCCUCAGGGACCUAGCUGUGGCACGCAGCAUUGCAGCUGCAGUCCAGAGCGAUGGACAGGAAAUCUACAACUGCACUGAAGAAGAAACGCGUUCCUACCAGGAUCGUCUGUUUGCGUGCCGUUUAGGAGGCAUAGAACCGCCUAGCGAACCCGUCUUCACCCUCCCCGACAUUAGGGAUCUCAAUAACGAGGCGACUGACAGUGAGCAAGAAUCCUCGUCAUCUACUGAUUACCGCAAUGAGCGUCCCGCCGAGGUCAUGAAAUGUGAAAUCUGUUUCACCGAGGUCAACAAUACCAACUCUGCACGUCUGCCCUGCCAUCAUCCAUAUUGCCGUGCAUGUCUUCAACAGCUAUUCGAAUCAUCCCUGACAGACGAUUCUCUCUUCCCUCCCAGAUGUUGUCGGCAACAUGUUGUAGUAGAAACCGUCGAAACGCUGCUGACGACGGAUCUAAUUGCAUCUUUCAAGGAGAAAAAGCUCGAAUUUGAAACGAAGGAUAAGACGUACUGUUCUUCACCUUCAUGCUCCAAGUUCAUGCGCCCUGAGAAUAUUGAAGGUGAAUGUGCUUCGUGUCCACAUUGUAACACUACCACUUGCACGGUCUGCAAAUCUGCUGCGCACGAUGGAGAAGAUUGCCCGAAAGAUACUGUUCUAGCGGAGGUGCUCAACUUGGCUACGGAGAACGGAUGGCAAAGGUGCUACUCUUGUAAACGUGUGAUUGAGCUCGACACUGGAUGUUACCACAUGACGUAA